AUGAUCUGUCCACAUGGUGGUAUGACAAUUAUUCGUCACAAUGAGAUUCGGGAUAUUACUGCCGAUUGGUUGAGCGAGGUGUGCAGUGAAACCGAGAAAGAACCGCAACUACAGCCUAUUACCGGAGAAAGUAUAUUUCCUAAGUCAGCAAAUAAGAAAGAAGAAGCAAGAUCAGACAUUAAGGCAAAAGGCUUCUGGUGUCGACAACAAAGUGCAUUUUUUGAUGUAAGGGUGUUACAUCCCAACGCACCAAGCUAUCGUAACUCCAGCAUUCCCUCCUUGUACAGAAAUCAAGAACAGAUGAAGAAGAGAGAAUAUGGUGACAGAAUAAGAGAAAUCGAGCAUGGUUCCUUUACCCCUCUAAUCUUUUCAACCAGUGGUGGUCUUGGUAAAGAAUCAACAGUCGCGUAUAAGAGAAUUGCUGAAUUAUUAGCGAUUAAACGGAAGUCAGAAUAUGGUGCUACUCUAGCAUGGAUGAGGUGUUGCCUCUCUUUCGCCCUUUUGAGAUCGGCGAUCGCCUGUAUCCGAGGUUCAAGAAAAUCUGCAUAUCAGAUAAAAAGUAAGGACAUAGAACUAGGCUUUUCGGAAAGCCAGUUAUGCGAUAAUUGA